AUGCCUCCUAAGCAAGAUCAGCAAGCUGAGAAGGUCUCAGCGAUGGAGGGUCAUAUCGCGAGUCUUUUGGGUGCGAUUGACGGGUUACGAAGCGUGGCGGAGAGACAUGACCGUCAGUUCGUAGCGAUGGAGAAAAAUGCAGACGAAUGUCACCAGCAAGUCAUGGAGAUGUUCAAACAGCUACCGGCGAGGGUAGCCAGUCCGGAGAAGGUUGAAUCGAAGGAGAGUCACCGUGAGACCGAGGGAUCUGUUCCUAAGGCUCAAGGGUUACAGAUCCGGCCAGAGAAGAGUCUUUUGCAGGUACCAGAGGAGGCGACACCCCUUAGAUCGACGGAUUUCAACACACCGUCGUAUCAAGCGGGAUCAUCAGGGUUUUCAGCUCAUCAGAAGCUGGAUUCCCCUCCGAAGAAGCUAGAGCUACCGAACUUUGAAGGGAAGAACCCAGAUGACUGGAUCUUCCGAAUGGAGAAAUGCUUUUCUGUUAAUCAAACCGAUGAAGGAGAAAAGUUGUCGCUAGCUAUGUCAAGCAUGACGGGUUGUGCAGUCACCUGGCUGAGGGUGAUACAGAACCGAGAAGAGCCGUUGGACUGGAGGGAUUUUAAGGCAAAGCUGAGGCGACGUUUUAAACCAUCGGGAGGAGGUACUGUACUCAGUCAGAUGUUGCGGUUGAGACAAACAGGAACUGUAUCAGAAUUCCGUGAGAUGUUUGAAGAGUUAUCAGCUGAAGUGCCUCAUGUGCCAAACGACGUGUUAGAAGAAAUAUUCUUGCACGGGAUGAAGCGGACACUGAGAGAGCAAGUGGUGAGAUUGAGACCUGUAGGUAUGGAUGAGAUCGUAGACAUGGCAAAGAUCAUAGAGGAACAAGAGAACGAGCGCAGUACCUACCAGUCUAGAUCCUUUCAAAGGACUAGCUCUGCACCGGCACUUAACUCGAAUCACCGAAGCUAUUCAUCCAACCAUAGUUCGGUAAGACAAGGAGAGAAUACACCUGCGAGAAAGUCUAGCGAGUCACCACGCGACAACAAGGGCAGUGAGCAAAGGAGAACAAUCCAAAACCCUUGUCGUCAUUGUGGAGAAAGGUUCUUUGCGGGUCACAGAUGCAAGGCUUUCCAGCAUUUUAAGAAAAUGGAGUUGGAUGAAGGUGAAGAAAAGGAUGAGGAGUUGGUUAGCGACGAGGAAAGAUCUGAGGAGCAGAAUACGCCUGAGCAAGAGUUACACGUCUUGUCAUUAAAUUCGGUGGUGGGAAUCACAUCCAAGAAAACCAUGAAGAUGAAAGGGUUUAUUGGCAAGCGAGAAGUGAUCGUCCUCAUUGAUUCUGGUGCCACUUGUAACUUUAUAUCCAAACAACUGGUGGAGGAGUUGAGUCUUCCAGUGGAGGAAACUAUAGACUUUGGAGUGGCAGUUGGGAAUGGAGAAGUUAUCUCUGGAUCGGGAAAGUGUGAAGGAGUCGAAGUGGAGAUACAAGGAGUUAAAAUUAAGGAGGAAUUUUUAAGAUUUGAGUUGGGAACAAUAGACUUGGUGUUGGGAUAUUCGUGGUUGGCUAAGCUAGGAGAGACACACAUCAACUGGGGGUUACACAUUUUGCGGUUUCAGUAUGAGGAGAAAUGGGUGUCAAUAUGCAGUGAUCCGGAGUUGCUGAUUGCUCAAGUGUCUUUAAAUGCUAUGGAGAAACUCUGCGAAAAGGAGGAUGUGGUUUUCCUGUUGGAAUUACAGACGUUAUUCGAGAGUAAUGAUAAGAAGAUAGAGACUGUGCCGAGCAGAGCUGUGUCUGCAUUGUUGAAGACGUUUGCGGGGGUGUUUCAAAUGCCAAAAGGACUACCUCCCAAGCGUACGAGAGAGCAUGCGAUAACCUUACAGGAUGGAACAUCUCCUAUCAACGUAAGGCCUUAUCGAUACUCACAUACGCAGAAAAAUGAGAUUGAGAAGUUGGUAAAGGAGAUGAUGCAAGCAGGAAUAAUUCGCCCGAGCAUCAGCCCGUUCUCGAGUCCAGUGUUGUUGGUGAAGAAGAAAGAUGGCGGGUUAAGGUUUUGUGUAGAUUACAGGGCUGUAAACAAAAGCACCAUACCUGAUAGGUAUCCUAUACCCGUGAUCGAGGAGCUGUUGGACGAGCUAGCGGGAGCUACCAUCUUCUCUAAGUUGGAUUUGAAGUCAGGAUACCAUCAGAUCAGAGUGCGAGAUGAGGAUGUUGGGAAGACUGCCUUCAAAACUCAUGAGGGUCACUACGAGUUCUUGGUUAUGCCUUUCGGGCUCACCAAUGCUCCAGCGACAUUUCAAUCAGUCAUGAACGAAAUUUUCAAGCCGUGGUUGAGGAAGUUCGUCUUGGUAUUCUUUAACGACAUCCUUGUUUACAGCAAGAACGAGGAAGAGCAUAGAGAACACUUGAGGGUCGUGUUACAAUUGCUAAAAGACCACCAGUUCUAUGCCAAUGCGAAGAAAUGUGCUUUUGGUCAGUCUGAGAUAGCAUAUCUGGGUCAUAUCAUUUCAGGAAAAGGAGUAGCAGCAGAUCCUGAGAAGAUAGAAGCGGUGAGACAGUGGCCACAACCCAAGAAUAUUACAUCACUGAGGGGGUUUCUGGGGUUACGGGUUAUUACCGAAGGUUCGUAG